UUCGCACGUCCCUCAUGGGUUCCCGUAGAUGUUCCACCAGUUCACGCAAUGCAUUGCGGGUAGGUCAGGAGCGGAGCGGACCGAGAGGACGCCAUGUGCUUUUGAGGCAGAGGGAGUGAAAAGGGGACCCGGCUGUGACAGACUUGGCUAGUAUCAUUUUGAAGGGACACCGGGAGAAACGGCUCCAAGUCAACGCGACCAUGUACUGCACCAGACGCUGCCUCCGCACCGCGCUGCGGGCUGCAGCCACCUCGCACCGGCAACAGCUUCAGCGGCAAACACCAGCCUUGUGUGCUCUCAGACUUCUGAAGACCAGUCCAGCCACCCACUCAGACGCCAUCGCCAUCGCCACCCCGCCUCUAGACGGAGCACCCAAACAGUAUUCCCCCAAAAUCCAACAGCUCGUCGGUGACAUAGCCAACCUCACUUUAUUAGAGGUGUCGGACCUCAACGAGCUCCUCAAGAAAACUCUGAACAUUCAGGAUGUUGGAAUGAUGCCAAUGGGGGCGAUGGCUGCAUCGGCUGUACCUGCAGCUGCUGCAGACGAGGAGGAGGCACCAGUGAAGAAGGAGCAGACUCACUUCACAGUAAAAUUGACAGAAUUAAAAGCAGCUGAAAAAGUAAAACUUAUAAAGGAAGUGAAGAACUGCAUCCAAGGCUUGAAUCUGGUGCAGGCUAAGAAACUAGUGGAGGCUCUUCCUCAGGAAAUCCGAGCCAACGUGUCCAAAGAAGAGGCAGAGAAACUGAAAGCAGCCUUGGAGGCAGCAGGCGGCACCGUCGUGUUGGAGUAGAUCUACGUGCCCUCCUGUUCUCCCCCAUUUUGCUGCUCAUGCACUUCAUCCCUCAUUCUCUUAUUUCCUUUUUUUUUUACGUGACAAAAAGGAGCAUCCUGGGAAACAAAUAAAUGCCUUCUGACAUUAAUACUGUCUCUUAACAGCAUCAGAUGGGGCAGUACAAUUCAGACUGAACUCUUCCAGGCACACAGCCUGCACGAAUGGCCGCCCCGCUGUUUGUGUUUCACUUUGUCUGCUCAUGUGUCUUUCUGAUACUUGUGAAGCAAACAAGCUACAAAAUACUGGCCUGGCUGCCAAGUUGUCAGUUGGUCAUUUUGUGUGUGUGAGUGUGUAAGUUUAACUUUUCACAGAAGGAAAGAUUAUGCAGUAGGGACAUGGUUACCAUUCCCUAUGUCGAAGAAUACCAGAUACUGUAUCUAGUUCAGGAUGGCAGGGCUAAGUCCUUAUUACUUAUAGAAUUGUUAAUAAUGUGAUUAAAGUUGAAAUAUCCAUACUUGUCCCUUCUUUUACA